AUACUUUGAGUGUUGUGUUUCCUUGUUUGUAUAAAGUACUUUGGGUUAAACCUACAUAGAUUCAACUGUUUGGUUUGAGUUGAACUAACAUGCUCUGUGUCAAUCGACAGCCAAAACCCACAUUUGCGAGAAAGCUACAGUAUAUUAAGGGAUUUAUAAUUUUAUCGACUAUUAUUAAUACCUAUAAGUUCUUAGUUUUAUGUUUGUCAAAUUAAAACAAAAGACUUCAUGCAUCAUUUCACGCUUUGUUUACAAAUUAACGUUAGAGGCGGGUCUUCUUCUCUUUUCCAGUUUUCUCAUUGGCUAAUCUAGUGAUCGAUUUAUGUUUCGCGCAGGCGCACCACGCUAGGAAACAUGGAUGAGUUGCACUGUUUUGUAUGAUGUUCUGUGAGUGUGAAAAGCGACCCGAACGUCCCAAACCAUGAAUAUUGUUGGCCAGUUGGCGGAGACAGUGUUUGUGACGGUGAAGGAGCUGUAUCGUGGCCUUAACCCCGCCACUCUCACCGGAGGGAUCGAUGUCAUUGUGGUGCGACAGCCUGAUGGAUCGUUCCAGUGUUCCCCCUUUCAUGUCCGCUUUGGCAAGCUGGGCGUGCUGCGCUCCAAAGAGAAAGUUGUGGACAUUGAGAUAAAUGGAGAAUCAGUGGACCUGCACAUGAAACUAGGGGAUAAUGGAGAAGCUUUUUUUGUGGAAGAAAAUGAAAACAUGGAGUCCCAAGUCCCAGCACAUCUGUGCACAUCCCCGAUUCCACUUGAGGUCCCUGAAGACAUGGAGGAGUCUCUCGAGGGAUCCUCCAUCACUGGGUCUGGCGCCCGCAGGAAGAAACGCCGCCGCAAACGCAUGCGUUCGGACACUCACCUGAGAGAAGAGGCCAGCUCCUCGUCGGAUGAGAGAGGAAGAGAGAAGGAGUGGGAGAGAGAAAGUGAUCAGACCGGGCAGGAGAGUCCUGCUAAAGAGGAGUCCGUCACACCAUUGCAUCUCAGUAAAUCAGUGUACUUCUCGCUGUCUGAGGAGCCGAAUGAGGAGCUGGGGUCCCCGCAAAGCAGAGACACUCAUCCACACUCAGACGGAGAGCAGUCACCCUCGGAAAGUGUGUUCUUUAGUCGGCCUUCCUCUCCUAAGAGUGACUCUGAGCUUCUGGUUAAACCCCAAGAGUCCUCUCGGCCUCAGAUGGAGUGGAACUGGGGAGGUUUUCCCAUGCUGUGUCAAUCGGAGAGGACACCAGUGGAGUUGCAGCGCAUCUCCCCCUCUGACAAUUCUCAUUUCCGCACCAUUGAGCGACAGGACUCCUUUGACAUGGGCUUUGAGCCUGUGAUCAGCUGUGGCAGAAUGGGCAGUGUAACAGUGGUCAGACCACAACCCAGGACUCAUUCCCUAGACCUAGGUAGCCACUCCAUGCAAGCCAUGCCUUUAUCCUCAGAGAAAGACCUUCGCAUUGCCAAUUCCACUCCCAGUGACCUCUCUGAGUCUCAUGCAUCAUCAGGGAAGACUAGUAUGGACUCAGCUCAGACACAAGAAUCCACAAAGGGGCAGAAGGAGAACAGAGACUCAUUUUCUUAUUCAGUUAGUCUAAUUAAUGGUAGUGAGUCCCUUGCCAGCAAUGUAAGUACAGUCAGUGUUGAGCAUGUUAGCACUGUGGCUGAUACAAUUAGCCUUGGGGGCAAAAAUAGUGGAGUCAGUGUGACCAAACCAGAAAAUGCGCAAAAACAACCCAUUAAAGAAAGUAAAGACUGCAUGGUCCAAGCAGACGAGAACAUAGCAUGUACAGAAUCAUCAAAUCUACAGAGGCAAGGUGCUUUAUUUGAGCAAAGUCAACAGGGGUCCACCAGGAGUGCCCCUGUCAAUGAGGGGGAUAGUGGGAUAGAUCCUGGUGCUGAGGGAGGGGAGGAGGAUAGUGGACCUGGAGUAACUGAUGGGUCAGUGGGAGGUUCACUGACCAAUAAGAGUGCACCAAAAGCUGAUGGGGCCAACUGGGCUGUUGCAGAGGGGUUAGCAAACUCUUCGGAGAAGAAAGGUAAACGUAAUCACCAUCUGGGACCAACAGAUAUUUACUUGGAUGAUCUGACUUCUCUGAACCCUGAGGUGGCGGCACUCUACUUCCCCAAGAGUGAGACAGAAGGAGUGUCUCAACACGGGGCAGAGCUGGGCUCCUGCUCGGGGAGCCAGUCACCACAGUCUGUGGGCAGCGGGGCCAUGGACAGCGGUACAGAGUACCUGUCAGAUUCCACCUCCUACAAUAUGGACGUCAGCAUGUCUCUCUGCGGACAAGAGGGUGACACCAGCCAAAUAACUAAAGAAAAGUUUAUGGAACACAUUGUGACAUACCAGGAUUUUGCCAACAAUCCAGGAAUCAUUGAGGAUCCGAGCCUCGUCAUCUGCAUUAACUCCAACUAUUAUAACUGGGCAGUGGCUGCUCCAAUGGUGCUGUCAAUGACAACUUUCCAGAAAAAUCUACCCAAGAGCACCGUAGAGAGGCUGGUGAAAGACAAGAUGCACAAAAAGUCUGGUCGCUGGUGGUUCUCCUGGAGGAGAAGAGACAUGGACUACAACCAGCAAAAGAAUUCAAAGGAAGAGCAAGAGGAGCCACUGGCCCAUAUUCCUGCCUCAGUGAAAGCGACACUGGAUGAUAUCGACAGUGAUGAGGCGGCAGGUCUCGGCCGAAAAGCCAUCCUUCCUUCCAGCCUAUCAACAGAAACCCUCAACGCCACUCAAUGUAUCAGCCAGAUGUACCGCAAAUCACUUCGUCUGACCUCUAAACAAAUAGAGCACCUAAACCUGCGUGACGGAGCCAACAAGGUGGUGUUCAGUGUGACAACUCAAUACCAGGGCACCUGUCGCUGUGAGGCCGCCAUCUAUCUGUGGAACUGGGACGACCGCGUCAUCAUAUCAGACAUAGACGGCACCAUCACUAAGUCUGAUGCUCUGGGUCAUAUUCUACCUCAGUUUGGCAAAGACUGGACACACAAAGGCAUUGCCAAACUCUACCACAAAAUACACCAAAAUGGCUACAAGUUCCUAUAUUGUUCAGCCCGGGCUAUAGGUAUGGCUGCCAUCACUAAGGACUACCUGCAGUGGGUCAAUGAUAAAGGCACUGUCCUUCCUAAAGGCCCUGUACUGCUGGCUCCCAGCAGCCUUUUUUCAGCACUACACAGAGAGGUGAUUGAGAAGAAGCCGGAGGUGUUUAAAAUUGCCUGUCUCAGUGACAUCAGGGACUUGUUCAACCCCCACAGACAGCCGUUCUACGCAGCAUUCGGCAACAGGACCAAUGAUGCUUACGCCUAUAAGCAGGUUGGUGUUCCUGACACCAGAAUAUUUACUGUCAACCCAAAAGGAGAGCUCAUCCAAGAGAAGACUAAAGGAAACAAGUCCUCGUACAGCCAUCUCAGUGAGUUGGUGGAGCAUUUCUUCCCCAUGCACUCUAUGGAAGGCAGCACAUGCUCUGCUUUAGACUGCCCUGAGUACAGCAGUUUCUCCUAUUGGAAGGAGCCUUUGCCAGAACUGGACCUGGAUGCACUAUUGUAGACACACAAUCCUCAUCUACCAAAAUACACACACACACACACACACACAUUUUAUGGCAGGCACAUUAGUGCAUAUUCUGUCUUUCUUUACUCCUUUUCCAGAAAGGCAUUUCAGAGCAUUUUCCAAGCUUGCCUGAAUACUGCCUUUGAUCGACCUGCCAACUGUAGUGCCUGUUUAUGAGCCACUGAAUAAACCUGGAACAUAAAGAGGCAACUGUCCCUGGCAGUGCACUUAGAGAUGGAGCCAAAUUAAGUCAUGAUAUGCAUGGACUCUACGGUUCAAAAAUAAGCAUAUAAACCAUUAUGCAGUACUUUAUUUUGGUGCCGUGACACUGGCUGUUUUGCUGUUUGUAUGUGAAAAUCCUACAGUGAACAUGACACAACUGGACAAAUAUGCCUUUGAUUUUCUCAAGUUAAAUAUUGUUUCAGUUUUUUGUUAUUGUAUGUAGCAUAGACAUUCCCAAAUAUAAAAUCGCAUGGUGACUCUUAACAGUGUCACAUAUGUCAGCUCAAAACUUGGACCAAAAAUGAAUUUGUAUAGAAAUAGACUUUGAGCUUUAUCAGAUGCCCUUUUUUCAAGUGGAUGCCUAAAUCCUGCAAAUGCCAAAACCGUGUUAACAACUGUUGCCUGUUUUCUGUGACUGAACUGGAUUUUUUUUCAGCGGGCAGCUUGAAGCUCAUGGCAGUGAUGUGACCAGGCACACAGCUACAAAACAAACCUGUUAUCCCUUAUUUAGUGGAGAUGAGAGAGAGAGAUUGUGUGUUGUUGACAACAGACAAUGUCUUUGGAUUUGAGUGUGGUUGGGAGGGUUUUUAUAGCUACAUGUACCAAGCAACCAAAUAUGGUGUGAGAAUGUAUUUAAAAUGCUUUGGGUUAUUUUAGAGUCUGUUUGACCUUAAUAAGUAUGUGAUAGCCGGAGUUUAUCCUGAGAAAUGUUGAGUAUUAUUCUGUUGUCAGUGAUUGUUUGUCAAACACAAGACGGUUCUCUAAUUACUGCCUCUGGAUGGGAGGCUAGAUUUUUAGGUGCAAUAACUGCGAGUCAGCCCGCAGGUCGCAAAACAGCUUUAUUUUGGUUUAAUACAGGAGGACUGCAAUAACAUGUUGAUCUGAAAAAAUGAUGAUCAUUGUUAAGCUACAACAUGCACAUUUCAAGUCUUCCUUUCACGUACUGCACUACAGAGUUUAGAAAUGUUUGCACACUCUAUGAAUGGGGGGAGGUGAGUCAGGCUGACAAUGACUUGUAUUCUAGAGAUGUGUAAACGUACCUUGGGUGGAAAUUUCGAGCCUGGUUUAGGCCUGGCGCUGUGCCUUUAUAACAUAAUGACACUGUAAUUAUUAUAGCAUAUAUUUCAUCAUCGGAAGUGUAAGAUGGACUGUGUGAAGAUUGAUUGGAGCUGAAGACUGUUGUUACUUUUUAAACCAAAUGUAUAGAAAUAUAGAUGAAUAUAAAUAAUAAAAUGCAACUUUGACUCUU